AUGUGUCAGAUAGCCAGCCUACUGAGAGUGAUAAGGAAAGAACAAAAGCUCAGAGGGAAAUACGGAACUGGGGAAGCGGAGCAGCUAGUGGAUGAAUUAUUAAGUGUAAUGGAUGUGAGGGCAAGACAAUCAACAGUUUCUACCAUGGGAGAAGGAUCGAAGGACCGUGAACACGUACCUAACUGGGCCUUUGUUGUCAUUAUCGUAUCAGUCUUGCUCUCUGCUGUCGCCUUUUACAUUGGCACCUGCAUCAACAAGAAAACAUCUUGGAGGUAA